GGGGCGAAAGGGAAAGGAGGUGGGCGUGUCAGGGGCAGAAAGGAGUGGGAGGGGCUGCGGCGAGGCCGGCUGUGAAAGGCUCAAUGGCGGCCAGUUACCCGUAUGGGCAGGGUUACCCUGGAUCUGCAGGACCAGCUCCGGGUGCUCCGCAAGGCAGCUACCCUGGAGGUCAGUAUGGCGGUGGGCUGCCUCCUGGCGGCUCCUACGGUGGACCAGCACCUGGUGGUCCAUAUGGGCCACCAUCUGGUGGAGGACCUUAUGGCCAGCCUUCCUCUGGGACUCCCAGUGGAAUGUAUGGAGGAGGCCCAGCGCCAGGCGGACCCUAUGGGCAACCCUCUACGAAUCCCUAUGGUGCCCCUCAGCCUGGCGCCUAUGGGGCAGGAGGUCCUGGAGGGAACAUCCCCCCUGGUGUGGACCCAGAAGCCUUCUCUUGGUUUCAGAGUGUGGAUACUGACCACAGUGGCUACAUCUCGAACAAAGAGCUCAGGCAGGCCCUUGUCAACUCCAACUGGUCCGCCUUCAAUGAUGAAACUUGUUUGAUGAUGAUGAACAUGUUUGAUAAAACCAAGGGCGGGCGCAUGGAUCUCUACGGGUUCUCGGCCCUGUGGCGCUUCAUCCAACAGUGGCGGAAUCUCUUCCAGCAGUAUGACCGUGAUGGGUCAGGAAGCAUUAAUUGUAACGAGCUCCAUCAGGCUCUCUCCCAAAUGGGGUACAACCUGAGCCCCCAGUUUUCCCAGCUGCUGCUGUCGCGUUACUCCCAGAAGGCUGCCAAUCCUGGUAUCCAGCUGGACCGUUUCAUCCAAAUCUGCACCCUGCUCCAGUCAAUGACUGAAGCCUUCCGGGAAAAGGAUACUGGCAUGACAGGCAGCGUACGACUCAACUAUGAAGACUUCCUUAUGAUGUCAGCUACUCGCAUGUUCUGAGGCCUUUUCCUUUUGGAGAGCAAGGGAUGUGGAUGGUGUUGGUGACCCUGCUGGCGGUUGUUGGCAUUUCCAUCAAAGGCCCUGAAGGAAGAGCUACUGUGGAGGAACAGCCCCUUGGUCCGGAGGGCAUCAUGUUGCAAAGGAAAAUGAGAUUGGCCUUCUCCAUCUUACUCGUAUAAUGCCAGAUGUUUAGGUGCUGCUAGAUCGAUUCUUUCAAAAGUUCAGAUGAUUGGUUCAGUUUCAUUGCCAUGAAGCAUCUGCCCCAUGUAGCCACUACAGGGCAAGCCACAAACCCCGGCCAAAAUGUGCAUGUGCAGCAGCUGCACCAAGGCCUCUCCCUGUAGAGUUUUCUCCUCUGCACCCGUCCCUUGCUAAGCAGUUUGAAUACUACUUCUUGCUCCUAAAUCGCCCUUCAGGGGUUUGUUGGUGCAACCUGGAAUCAGCAAAGCAGAAAAUGACCCCAAGGGGAGUGAAUUGGGCUCCAUGCUUUUAUGUCAACAGCAGUCAGGAUUCCUGCAUUCCCAUGUGAAGUAUCAUGCACAACUGCCCUCUUUGCCAUUAGAUGGGUAACGAGACUGUGAGCCAAGAUUUCAGACUCUUCCUGCAGACGGGUGAAGAUUUGGCCCUCUGAUCAAUGUAUCUCCCCCGGGUUUCCUCUUGCAGUGCUAAAGUGCAAGCUCCCUUGCCAACAACUCGUAGCUCCUCCUCUUCAAUUGCCAACAUUUUGCUUGUGAUUUUUCUAGGGGCCAAAAUCAUGGGUAAUGACGUGUCAGUAAUAGGUUUAUACUUACGUAAAGCUCUAUACAAUAAAGGACGCUGGGCACUGAGAAACCC